CCCUAAUGAAACGCCCUCUUGACUAUAAAGUGUCCUGAUGGUGACAGUUCAGCACAGAAUGUGGAGCCUCGCCAUAAUAACAGUUUUCCUGCUCUGCAGCCGCAGCUGCUUCUGUGAGUCUAAGACUGUGGAGGUCCAGUCUGGAGAAAACGUCACUCUGCUCUGCUCUGAUUUCACCAAAAACAGACAACAGACUGACUGGUUCAGAAUGGUCAACAGCUCCAAAGUCAGCUGUAUCUCCUCCAUGUUUGGUGUUGAUGGUGAUCCUUCCUUCUGUGAUGGAUUUGAUGGUGGAAAAUUUAAUAUGAGUUCCAACAGCAGCUCUGUGUCUCUGAAAAUCAGUGGAGUGGAUGAGUCUGAUUCUGGGCUGUACUUCUGUGGAUUCUACAGAAACAGACAUACAGUCAUUGGAGAUGUAACACAACUGAUCAUUAAAGGGGAAGAUAAUGAUUCCAAUGCUGAAGAGCAGGGGAGCUCUCACAAGAGGCAUGUGAGGAUGGACCUGCUGAGUGUCCUCCUGGCUGCUCUGACUGUCCUCCUCUCUGCAGUGGUUGUUGUUCUGGCCGUAAAGAUCAGGAAACUUCUGACAGCUGCACGAAAAGAACAAGAAAAUACAAAGAAUCUGGACUCGAAUGAUCUGAACUACGCCGCUCUCAGUUUCAAUCAGAAACCAAAGAAAGGCGGCAGGUCUCCAUCAGACAGAGAGCUGCAGCCACAUGUUCUGUAUGCUCCCACCAGGUAGAGUCAGGAAGCUGCUGGAACUUCAUGAACACGAGUUCUUCUUGUCUUUUUUAUAUCUGAUCAGGUUUCAUGUCUUUAACCUCAAAGUCUGCGUCUGCCUCAGAGUUCAGAGGCUGUAAUGGGGCUUUGUUGUUCUGUUCCUGUGUCAUGUAUGUCAUUUGACUGUGUCAUCACACACGUGCAGCCAGAGCCUCCUAAACAGGCAGAAAGUGUGUUUUAUUACUUAAGAUUUUGUUUUCUGACUCUGCAACUCUGAAGCUCCUCAUAACCCCAAAUGACCUGCAGACAUCAGUGCUGUUGUUUUGCUGCAGAAAUGU